CGCCGACCGCCGCGCCUCGUCCUACGACAUCCUCAACGCCUUCCGCAGGCUCACCGGCAGCAAGCCGCGCGCCGACCCGCUGCCGCCGCCGCCGCCUGUGAAUCCCGUGCGCGCCCUGUCCGUGAGCUCGCUGCCGCCGGCAAGCAUGGCCAGCGCUCCUUCAGCCGACGAUAGCCUGCAGCGCAUCACCCACGUCGCCAGCGAGUCCGUCGGGCCCGAUGUGACGGGCGGGCCCCCGGAGCUGCCUGCGCUGAUCGCCCAGCUGGACAAGAGCCGCCCAUUCCUGGAGCGCGCCGACGCUGUCGAGGCCAUCUGCCGCAUCCUGGAGGAGUACCCCCUGCAGAACAUCCUGACCCUGUGGUCUGCCGCCAGCGACCUGGUCCUGCUCGAGCAGCCCGACGACGUGGCCGAGGCCGGCUACAAGCUCCUGCGCAGCAUCUCCCAGGACCCCAAGCUGACCCCCGUCGAGCGCACCAUCAUCUUCGACGCCGCCUCCUACCGCCGCACCACCCGCUGCUUCCAGUGGCGCCUGGACAUCGUCUCGACCCUGACCAACGGCGGCAAGAACAUCGCCGCCUGCGAGUCCAACAUCGUGCCCUUCAUCCUGAACGCCCUCGAUGUCUGCUUCCAGGCCAGCCGCGACGCCUUCAACGCAAACCGGAAAACGAACGGCAAGCGCAACGCGGACAAGCCCCUGCAGGAGACGGAGAACCUAGGACGCAUCUUCCAGUACGCCACCGACGUCUGCAAGUUCAAUGCCAGGAUUCUCACCGACGGCAACCUGGAGCAGAUCCUCGAACGCGUCAUGCACAUCUGCCAGAACACCACCCAGGAGACCGACAUGGACAACUGCAUAAAGCUCUUCGACACCAUCAUCACCUUUGUCCACGUUCCCAUCAACGUUCUCAGAACGAGUGUAGGCGUGCUCUGUGCCAUCCACCGCCAAAUCGCGAGUCUGGAAGAGCGCACCUGGAACACGCUGAGCAAUCUCUUCAGAUCGCACAUCGGCCAGGCUGCCAUCAUGUCUCUCCUGCACACUCUCAGAGACGGCCCAUCCACCAUCAACCGCCAAAGCGGCACCUACCGGGGCACCAUGCAGGUCCUGCAGAAGCUGGUCAUCGAAGAUGGCAAUGGUGACCUGCCAAAGGUCCCAAUGUCGCUGAUCUUCCCUGCCCUCAGAGCUUCCAUCAAAGAGCCGCAUGCCACACAGGAGUCCUUCGUUAUUGAUCUAAUAGACUCGAUCCUGUCGCAAGACACCAUGCGGGACGCGUUGCUGGCUGAGGCAGAUUUGAGCGACAUGUUGGAGAUCAUCCGAGUUUGCGCCGAGCGAGACGACGACCGUUACCGUGCUCGGUUGACUGGGUCUGGGGAGAGCUCUACAGUUGGUGACAAGGAUCCGCACGUACCAGGGAGCCCGGUUUUGGAGAACGGCAGUGCGAGUCACAAAGUUCACGACGAGGACAUUGGCCCACACGCCCACUCCCCGCGAGCAUCCAGGGCCGAAGCGGGUCGUCGUUCUGCAGACGAUAGGAUCUUUCGAGUGUUUCUCAAGUUAGACCAUAUCAGCAUUGCCAUGGAUCACGUGCAGAAGGAUGGAGUCAUGGAUGUCUUCCUCUCCUGCGCAGAUCGGCUGAGUGACCCGCUUGCCGAAAAGAUGAUCCAGUAUUUUGCCGAAGAGCGAUUUCUGAACCCGUCCCACAGCGACUGGCUGAAAGUCUCUCGCCAGGUCGCAGCUGGGACCCUGCAUGACACAACGAGGCCGAACGCGAUUCGACUGCUAGCGAUCAAGGUUCUACGGGAGACCUACGACGCCGUUCAGCUGCUCUGUCCGAGCGAUGUCGCAGCUCAAAGUGCAGCGAUCUUGCUUGAAAGGAUAGAAGUUGAGGGUAAUGUUCAGGUUCUAGAAGCACUCGUGGACUUCGCAGUCGAUGUCGCAGAAACGGCUCAGUUAGACACGUUCUUAGAGAUAUUGGGAUUGCUGCAAAAGAAACUGGACCAACCACGCACAUCGCCCAUGAGCCCAGCGCAGACCUGGGCUGCGCAUACAUUUCUCCCAAAGACUGACGUGUCAAGCGGCUCCCAUUGCGACAUUAUAGCCGUCGCCUUUGUUCGCCUGUUCACCCGGAGCUUCACCCAUGCCGCCCAGAAAACACGCAUCUUGUACAAUUCCAUACGAGGUAUUGCAGGCAAUGAUCAAUACGACAACGAGUCGAGAUUGACUGCCCUGAGACUGCUGUUCAGGCUGCGCGCCGAUUCACGACACGCCCUUACUGUCAACUCUUCUUCGGAAGGCGAGCGGAUAGCAGCCGAAUUGUGCCGCACCGAAGAGACCGCCAUCGUGACCGAGAAGGCCGAUGGAUCUGUCUCGACCGAUCCGGGAGACGCUGGUUUGUGGCGCGAUUCACGCAAGAUCUCUGGGUCUAGCCCGCACGCGUCUCUCAACCGGCAAACGAGCCGGACAAUUGCUGCGGCCGGCCGUGUUUCGAGACCAAUAGCUCCACUAUGGUCGUAUCCAGGAACCUCAGGUCUGCCUGAGGACACUCCUCCCGAGCCUAGUCGCGUUGUGUUCUCUCAUAUAGAUGCAAGCAAAUAUCCGCUAAGCGAUGAUAUCCACGACAUGGAGAUCACCUUGUGGUUGGAGCUUAUCAUCUCUCUACUACAAAGGCCGCCGGACUGGGAGAUCUACAGCUACGUUCUGGUGCACCUCGGGCCACAGCUCUCGAAUCAAGCUCUGGUACGAAGCUGUGUAGUGCAACUGCGAAUGCUGAGGAGUGUUCUCUGCGAGCAAGUACGCAACUCGAGCUUCCACGAGCCUCCGCCGCACACAUUGCUCAAGAAGGCUGACGUUGCGGUGUGUCUAUACCACGUUCUCACCGUCAUCAUUAGUUACCACGAGUACUUCGAGAAGAGUGAAGAGGACGACAUGGUGAAGGCCUUUCUGCAGGGGAUUGUACAGUGGGACAGAACGUCUAAGUGGUGCAUCCACGCGCUGUCUGUCUGCUGUUUUGAAGUCCCGCUGUCUGUCAGCAAGUCCCUCGACACUAUCAUUCAGAAGCUGUCACAGAUUGUGACGAAGCCCGCCACCGCGAUCCACAUUCUCGAGUUCCUAACAAGUCUGGCUCGUCUGCCAGAAUUAUUCAAGAACUUCCGCGAGGAAGAGUUCAAGACGGUGUUUGGAGUGUGCUUCCGCUACUUGCAACAUAUUAGAGACCAGCGCAGCCGUGCAGCCAUGCCGAGUCUGUCACAGAGGGGUCAUAGCUCUUUGCGCCACAGCGGACCCGGCAGAGAAUCCACCGCAGUGCCCGAUAAUGGCUCUAGGAGGCAACACUCAGUCGAGGAAGACUUGCCCCACUACCUGUAUUCGCUUGCUUACCACGUCAUCACGUUCUGGUUCAUGGCGCUCAGGAUGGAGGACCGACCCAAGCAAAUCCCAUGGAUCACAAAAAAUCUCUUGACCGUGGACAGCGCUGGGAGAACAAGCAUGGAGGAACAGGGUCAGGUCAUCGUGGACAUCAUGAACAUGGUCGCUUAUACAGACCGAGACCACACCGUGCGCAGCGAGGUGUUCUCGAAACCUGGUGACGGCGAGAUCUGGAAGAAGACGUGGGUUGUUAAUAACGGCUUGUUGACGAUUGAAACGGCAGCAAGGACAGGUGCUUCGCAAAUCACCUCUCGUCGUCCUUGCGGCACCCGCUUCUUCACUUUGAGACCAUCACUCGUCCACCCUCCACGCCAUCAAGUGCCGAUCAAUGUCGGACUGGCGGCUGACGCAUUCUACUCCUCUUCGUAUGUCGGCAUCCUGCCGGAAGAUAUCUUCCAGAGCUUCUACGCGCCUCUGGACUUGACCAACACCACUGUUGCUCUGCCGGACGACGAUAUGACACGCCGUGCAAUCGCCACAUUCGACCGAACCGCGACAGUCGACAGCCACAAAGUAGGCGUCAUCUACAUCGGCGAGGGCCAGACUAAUGAGCGCGACAUCUUCUUGAACGACAUGGGCUCACCCGCCUACACCUCCUUCGUCACUGGUCUAGGCACGCUGGCCCGCCUCAAGGGCGCCAAAUUCAACACCGGCGGUCUCGACACGCGCGGCGACGCCGAUGGUGAAUUCACCUAUGUCUGGCGCGACCGCUGCAUGGAGCUCGUCUACCACAUCACGACCAUGAUGCCCACCGACCCCAACGACGACAUGACGUACCCCAACAAAAAGCGCCACAUCGGCAACGAUUUCGUCAACAUCAUCUUCAACGACUCCGGACUCCGCUACAACUUCGACACCUUCCCCGGCGCCUUCAACUACGUCCACAUCGUCAUCUCCCCUGAAUCGCGCGCCUCCUUCGUCGACCGCCGCAUCGACUCCGACCCCGACGGCAAAGACCGCUACUACCAAGUCCAAGUCGUCACCAAACCUGGCUUCCCCGACGUCUCCGCCGCCGCGGAGCCCAAGAUCCUCGCCGGCCGCCACAUCGCCGCCUACUGCCGCCUCAUCGCCAUCAACGCCUGCGUCUUCUCGGACGUGUGGUCGACGCGCGAGGGCGGCGAACAGAUCUCCUCAUGGCGCAACCGGCUGCGCGAGAUCAAGCGGCUGCGCGAGCGCUACGGGACUGCUGAGCAGACGCAGCACACGUCGACACCCGCGUCGCCCAGUGUUGGCAGUCAGGGCCCGGGGCUGGCGAGUCCGCCGCGGGAGCAGGGCGGCGCGUCGCCGUUCCAGAGAUCGAGCAUUGCGACAUUCAUCACCGAGGGCACGAGUCGCAGCUCAAUCAGCAGUUCGUCGCACGACUAAGUCUCCGUCUGCGCAUUAUGGGGUCAUCGUUGUUGCCCGCAAUCCAAAAGGAGCAUCGCACAUAUUAUACCCACCCCCCUCCCCACUUCAAAAGUUUUCAGACACCAUGUUGGUGUUGGCUUGCAUAAAGUGUUCUGGGGCGGCUGGAACACUGCUCAAAAGUUUGCUUGUUAGAGACAUGGACGGCAUGGCAUGGAAGGAAGAAAAGCGAGAUAAUAGACACUGUAUAGUAUAUCAGGUGUGCGUGCCGGAAUUAUGCAAGCGUGGGAGGUAUGCAUAUUAAUUAAAUGGUAGUUGUGAGCUCAGACACAUUCAUGGAAUGUUACUGUCGAGAUCAAGCAAGCAC